UCAGUUGAAAACUUGAUUUCGAAGUGAAAAGCGAAGAUAAAGCGCAAAGAAAUCUUAAACUCAAAGCAGAUUAGUAUUCAAAUUUGGUGAAAAUUUGUGAAGAAUUUAUAUUUUUGAUCACAUUAAAUAAUAUUUAACAUUUGCAAAGAUGCCAGAUGCUGAAGUCUUUCAAUUCCAAGCUGAGAUUGCUCAGCUUAUGUCCCUCAUCAUCAACACCUUCUACUCGAAUAAGGAAAUUUUCUUACGAGAAUUGAUUUCAAACUCUUCCGAUGCUUUGGAUAAGAUCCGCUAUGAGUCACUCACCGAUCCAUCGAAAAUGGAGUCAGGCAAGGAACUCUUCAUCAAACUUAUUCCUAACAAAGAAGCCAGAACUCUUACAAUCAUCGAUACUGGUAUCGGUAUGACCAAAUCUGAUCUCGUUAACAACCUCGGAACAAUCGCACGUUCCGGCACCAAAGCAUUCAUGGAAGCUCUCCAAGCUGGUGCUGACAUCAGCAUGAUUGGUCAAUUCGGUGUUGGUUUCUAUUCAGCUUAUCUUGUCGCUGACAAAGUUGUCGUCCACUCCAAGAACAACGAUGACGAACAAUACGUUUGGGAAUCAUCAGCUGGUGGAAGCUUUACAAUCACACCUGACGAGGGAGAACCAAUGGGACGUGGAACAAAGAUUAUCUUACACAUCAAAGAAGAUCAAACUGAAUUCUUGGAAGAGGCAAAGAUCAAAUCAAUCGUCACCAAACAUUCACAAUUUAUCGGCUAUCCAAUCAAACUUCUCGUCGAGAAAGAGCGUGAGAAGGAAGUAAGCGACGAUGAAGCUGAACCAGAAGAGAAGAAAGAAGAAGAAGAGGAGAAGAAGGAGGAAGGUGACGAACCAAAGAUUGAAGAUGUUGGUGACGAUGAGGAUGAAGACAAGAAGGAUGAUAAGAAGAAGAAGAAGACUGUGAAAGUUAAGUACACGGAAGAUGAAGAAUUAAACAAGACAAAGCCGAUUUGGACACGUAAUUCAGAAGACAUUUCUCAAGACGAAUAUGGCGAGUUCUACAAGAGCUUGACAAACGACUGGGAAGAUCAUUUGGCUGUUAAGCAUUUCUCGGUUGAAGGACAAUUGGAAUUCCGUGCUUUACUUUUCGUUCCACGUCGCGUUCCAUUUGAUUUGUUUGAAGCAAAGAAACGCAAGAAUAACAUUAAAUUGUAUGUUCGUCGUGUCUUCAUCAUGGAUAAUUGCGAAGAGUUGAUUCCUGACUAUUUGAACUUCAUGAAAGGUGUCGUCGACUCUGAAGAUUUGCCAUUGAACAUCUCACGUGAAAUGUUACAGCAAAAUAAGAUUCUUAAAGUUAUUCGUAAGAAUCUCGUCAAGAAAUGCAUGGAAUUGUUCGAAGAAUUGACUGAAGACAAAGAAAGUUACAAGAAAUUCUACUCGCAAUUCAGCAAGAAUUUGAAACUUGGAGUUCAUGAAGAUUCAACAAAUCGCGCAAAAUUAGCUGAUUUGCUUCGCUUCCAAACAUCAGCAUCUGGUGAUGAGAUGUGCUCAUUGGGUGAAUAUGUUGGACGUAUGAAGGAAAGUCAAAAAUCAAUUUACUUCAUCACUGGUGAAAGCAAAGAACAAGUUAGCAACUCAGCUUUCGUUGAACGUGUCAAGAAGCGAGGAUUUGAAGUUAUUUACAUGACAGAACCAAUUGAUGAAUAUGUCAUUCAACAACUUAAAGAAUAUCAAGGUAAACAACUUGUGUGCGUUACCAAAGAAGGCUUGGAAUUGCCAGAAGAUGAAGAAGAGAAGAAGAAGCGUGAAGAAGACAAAGCCAAGUUCGAGAAUCUCUGCAAAGUCAUGAAAUCAGUUUUGGAUAACAAAGUUGAGAAAGUAAUUGUUUCAAAUCGUCUGGUUGAUUCACCAUGUUGUAUUGUCACAUCGCAAUAUGGUUGGUCAGCUAACAUGGAACGUAUUAUGAAAGCUCAAGCACUUCGUGACACAACAACCAUGGGCUACAUGGCUGGAAAGAAACAUCUUGAGGGUAAUCCAGACCAUCCAAUCAUUGAGACACUCCGACAAAAGGCUGAAGCUGAUAAGAACGACAAAGCAGUUAAAGACUUGUGCAUUUUACUCUACGAGACAUCUCUGUUGAGUUCAGGAUUCUCAUUAGACGAACCACAAGUUCAUGCUGUUCGUAUUUAUCGCAUGAUCAAGUUGGGUCUUGGAAUUGAUGAAGAUGAACCGAUGGCAACAGAAGAACCAGCUGCUGCUGCUGCAUCUGACAUGCCACCACUUGAAGAUUCCGAAGAUGCUUCACACAUGGAAGAAGUCGAUUAAAAUGUUGAAUUAACUUACAAGUCAUUAAACUUUCUCUUUCCAAACACCGAAUUAAUCUUUUUGUUCCAUUUAGAUUAAGUUUAAGCGCAUUGGACUUAAGUUGAUUUUUCUGCUUAAUCUUCCACUCUUAUUUAUGCGCCUUACAAAGAAUUUGCUUUUUUUUGCUUCUUACAAUUUACAAAAACUGGAAGUUUUCAUCAAUUACAAAUAAGUUAACUUUUUUCCCAAAAUUAAACUUUAAAUGUUAUUUUUAAGGAAAAUACUAGCAAUGAAAUGUUUUUUUUUUUGGGCUGGUAUGAUAAAUUCACGAAUUUGAAGAAAGGAAAUGAAAUAAAAAAAAACUCAAUCUGAAAGUCAAAGAA